CUCCGAUGAGAAGCCGAUGCCUUUCCUGAUGAUAUAUGACAUGGCCACGCCCUUGUGAGCUCUUCACAUGGAUGAGAUUCGUUGCAAGAGGAGCAUGCCGCAUCCAGCCGCGCCUCGCUCGAGGCUUCUGCCGCCGGAAGACGCGAAGACAGGUGGGAAUGCAUCACACUGCAUCCGCACAGCAUGCAUGGGCAACGCCUUGACCACUGCAAUGCUCUUUCUCCAUCGCAUCACUGCAGACAACGCCGAGGGCGAUGCAGCCAUGCACGAUGACACGUUCGCAAUGCCCGACGUGCCUGAGGAGUAUCGGCGUGAGCCACUCGCCCCGCCAGGCAGUCGCAUAGUCAUUCCGUCGGCCACGCUCGCCACACAGCCGGAUGAGAGCGGUCAUCCGUGGCCGCAGCGAUGGCUGGGCGGUGCCCUGUCGUCCAUUCUGACGGUGGAUCAGAAGUUUCGCUUUAUGAGCCGUGCGCUGGACAUGCUGAAUGGCGGGGAGAGGGAGUCGCUGGGCGGGGACUUUGACGAGCUGUAUCUGGACUACGGCCUGGCAGGGCAGUCUGACGCUGCCAAGAAGGAGGAGAUCAGCGCUCUGUUCAGGGGCGUGAUGGACGCCUACGUGGCCAACAUGACGGCGAGCCAUGACCCCAACGGAACUGGGCGAGGUGCGAUGCAUGCGCAGAUGGAUGAUGCAACAUGACAUCCUGACUUACUUGCCUCUGCCCUGUGUGUGUUGAUAUCAGAGAGCCGCAAGUCCACUGAGAGUCUUGACGGGCUGACCGCCGAGCACUUGCGUCCUCCCCGCCCUGCACUUCCACUCAUUACGAUGGGCCGGCCGCCCAGCCGCUCGCCCGACUUCGUGCCCGCCCCGUCCCCCUCCACCUCGCCCCCCUACCAAUACGAUGCCGGUCGGCGUUCGGUGUCGCCGGCUGUCGCACAGGCGCAGGGAGAAGGGGAGGAUAGCCCGGAGGAUGACUAUGCCAACGGAGAUCAAUCGCCGGUACGCAGGGAUGGAUGGACUCUUCUUUCACCAUCUCCUCCUUGGCUUUGUCUAUUUCGUUCUGUCUGCAGCCGCCCAACCGUCGCACCCCGAGAUGGAGCAUCAGCCCCAACCCCCCCCCACACGCCGCGUCUUCGCGCCUGUCCGCCUCUCCCGGCGAGGGCACAUACUUCGGCGCACACACACCCGGCAACUCGCCCCCGGCAUUCGCCAGCCUCACACAGCCCGAGAAAGACGAAUAUGAUGACCAGGACGACCAGCAGAUGGAUGACGGGGACAGCCAGGAGAUGGAAAUGGACGUGGACCAGCAGGGUCAUGGGGAGCCCCUGAGCGGCACCCCGACGCAGAAGCAUGACAGUUUCUUCAAUGACGACGAGGACCUGUUUGGCGACUGGGGCGACAACCAGACUGGGGGCAGCCCAUCGACGGGGGCGGCUGCUGCUGCAGCAGUGGGUGCGGCGGUUGCGGGUGCCGGUGCAGACCUGGUAGUGCCUGUGGAGGUGUUGUUGCAGAGGAGGGACAAGCGGAUCACCGUUGGAUGAUCGGACGGACGGAUGGACAGAUGGAUGGCUGGUGCGGGUGUUGAGAGGUGGAUCGGAUCGAUGUGUGUGUGGGUGAAUGUGUGGAUGUGUGUGUAUAGAUGGGGUGGGCUGCUGUCUGUGGUGGGAUGGGCCGAGACGGACGAGACAGGGGUGCACGAGAGAGACCCCAAGCGCUGCCUGCACACAUGACGUGACCGAUGAUUCGUUCCAUUCGAUGUAUGUAUCCAUGUACAGCAAACCCGCGAAUGAAUGCAUUCGUCCGUCCAUUCGCACAGGGUCACGAAUCGCCUCAAUCAAUGCACC